UGGGCCAAGGCUGAGGUGAUCGAGGAGCAAUGGCGGCCGUCGCCUCCCUGCUGGGCCGGGCCUGCCGAGGCCCCGCUGCUUCCCUGUCGCUUGCAGCCCUGCGCCCGGGUGGGUGGCGGGGACUCCAUACGGUGUACCAGACCGUGGAGCUGCCCGAGACCCAUCAGAUGCUGCGCCAGACGUGCCGCGACUUUGCGGAGAAAGAGCUGGUGCCCAUUGCCGCCCAGUUGGACAAGGAACACCGCUUCCCUGCUGCUCAGGUGAAGAAGAUGGGAGAGCUGGGACUCCUAGCCAUGGAUGUGCCCGAAGAGUUCAACGGCGCGGGGCUUGAUUACCUGGCCUACUCCAUCGCCAUGGAGGAGAUCAGCCGAGGCUGCGCCUCCACCGGGGUCAUCAUGAGCGUCAACAACUCUCUCUAUUUGGGGCCAAUCCUGAAGUUUGGGACGAAGGAGCAGAAGCAGCAGUGGAUCGCUCCCUUCACCAGCGGCGACAAAAUCGGCUCCUUCGCCCUCAGUGAACCAGGGAACGGCAGCGACGCCGGAGCCGCUUCAACCACGGCGCGGGCAGAGGGGGACUCUUGGGUCCUGAAUGGCACCAAAGCCUGGAUCACCAACGCCUGGGAUGCCUCGGCUACCGUGGUGUUUGCCACCACAGACAAGGCCCUGAAGCACAAGGGCAUCACAGCCUUCCUGGUGCCCAUGCCGACGCCCGGCCUGUCGCUGGGCAAGAAAGAGGACAAGCUGGGGAUCCGCGCCUCCUCCACCGCCAACCUCAUCUUCGAGGACUGCCGCAUCCCCCGCCACCACGUGCUCGGGGAGCUCGGCCAGGGCUUUAAGAUCGCCAUGCAAACCCUGGACAUGGGCCGCAUCGGCAUCGCCUCCCAGGCGCUGGGCAUCGCCCAGGCCGCCCUGGACUGCGCCGUGGACUACGCAGAGAAGAGGGUGGCCUUCGGGGCCCCCCUCACCAAGCUGCAGGGCAUUCAGUUCAAGUUGGCGGACAUGGCCCUGGCCCUGGAGAGCGCCCGCCUGCUCACCUGGCGCGCUGCCAUGCUGAAGGACAACGGCAAGCCUUACGGCAAGGAAGCCGCGAUGGCCAAGUUGGCGGCGUCCGAGGCGGCCACGAGCAUCGCCCACCAGGCCAUCCAGGUCCUGGGCGGGAUGGGCUACGUGACCGAGAUGCCCGCCGAGCGCCACUACCGCGACGCCCGCAUCACGGAGAUCUACGAGGGCACCAGUGAGAUCCAGCGGCUGGUCAUUGCCGGCCACCUGCUCAAGAGCUACCGGGGCUGAGCCAGCUCUCCCGGCCCCCCCGGCCACCGCUCCUGCCCCCCUGGGAGAGCACCGAGGAGUGAGGGUGGGCCCUGCCCCAUCUGAGGAAGAAGGGUAGAGCUGGGCCCCUGGGCCCGGGUUGGGCAGAGCUGGCAAGAAGGAAAGGGGUGGGAGGGGUCGAUUUCUCUUGGCACCAGGAGGUGCCCCUGAAGGGCAGGAACCGGGUCUGACAUCUCCAGUGGGAACCAGGGCUGUGCCAGCCCUAUUGGGGGUGACACUGCCUGCUGCCCCUCCUGCCCCUCCUGCCCAAAAUGGUGUGGGCUCAGCACUGUGGCUCUGGCUUGGACUUGGCUCCUAGCACAGGCGUUUCCUUCUUUCUCCUCGCCUCUCUUCCUCUUUCCUUUCCCUGAUCUUCCCCGCUUCUUCUCUCUCCCCUCUUCUUC